AUGUUUGCUUCUGUUUGUUUAGGUAAUGCGUUACAAAGGAAUAGUUUCAAGAAUAAAGAUGAAGCAUCUCCCAACACAGCAAAUCAUCUAGAAACUGCUAUGUGUAUAUCACUUCCUAGUGAUUCUUCUGAUGAUGAUUCUUCUCCAAAAAAUAAACAAGUAUUUUUUUUUCGCGCUUCAUUCAUUAAAAACAUAGUUUAUGUUAUUUUUUUACAACAGAUCAAAAAACGUUUACACGAGAGCUAUUGGUCCGAAUCAGAAUCACCACUGGCAAAGCGAGCAGCAACGGAUCAAACUUUUUUGAAUGAUGCUUUGGGUAUUGAGACGAUCUCUCUCUCAUCUGGCUUAUUCUCCAGUCUUCCAAAUCAAUCGCUUGGUUGGACGAGUAAUGAUGUCACUAAAAUGCCAACCAAUCUGAUCGGAUCACCUCGUUUUGAAACCAACGCGUUUAUAUUUAAUAUGCCUGUUCAUCCAGUGAGCUGUCAAAAUUCCGACUCAAUCCUAGAACAAUCGAAUGGGACCGAUGCGGCUCCAAAACUAAUGUUUAUGGACAGCUUGGCCACACUAAAAGCAUCUGAUCAAUCAUUAUUAAAUUCUCAUAUAAACAUGAACAAGAGUCUGGUUCCAUCACAAUUGGUGAUGACAGUGAAUCUUAACAAUACAAAUUCCAUCUGGCCAAUUGGAACUUCAUAUCAACCAGAUUUCGUCGAAAUCGUUGUUACUGACGAAGAAAUGAAUGCUUAUUGGGAUACCUUAGAAGGCUCAUUUUAA